GUAGUUAAUUGGAUGUUGUUUUGGCAGUGACAAAUAUUCACACUGCUUCAUAAUUUCGUCUUCAUCACUUGAAUUGUAUGAAAUAUUUUCCUAAAAAUGUGGCAUUUAUUUAUUUUGGUUAUCACCAUCGGAUCGGUAUUUUGUUCUCAAGAUAUAAAUAAGGAAGCAAAUUUUGGGGACGACGUACGUCUCCAGUGCAUAUUAACCACCGUAACCGAACAAUUAAAAUUUAUUUCCUGGGUGAGUGACGGCUCAGUGUUAUUCAGAUGGACUACGCAGAAUGACGGUCAAAUAAAUACAACGAUGCACACACUUGAAGUUAAUCAUCAACCGGUCAGCAUUUUGACAAUGAACAAUAUCUCACUUGACAACGAGGGUAUAUACACUGCUGUCAUGCUGUCUAACAACUACCGCAGUGAGUGCAGAAUCAACCUGACAGUGAAUGUUCCACCGGAGGGGUUGAUCUUAAUAGACGGGAUGGAUAAUGCUACUCUACACAAGCAAGAAACGCUUACGGUUGGAGAAGGGGAGAAUAUGACACUAGUCUGCAAAACCAAUCGAUCAGUGAAACCACCAGUGUAUUUGGAAUGGAAUAUUUCAGUCGGAAUAAUCUUUUAUGACUAUUUACAAGAGAAUAAAAAUGUUGCCCAUGAUGGACGACUAAGUGUGCCUUCGCGAACUAUCUUCUUUACGCCAUUAUCAUACAACGGUACUGAGGAGCUUGUGGUCAUGUGUAGGGUGGCGAAUGCAUCGUUUCAUCAUAUAACAACAUCAGUCAUCAUAAGAAAUGAAGGAACAACUCCCCCAAAAUAUGUAGGAACAACUCACCCAAUCAGAUAUCUUGCGACAACUCCUGAGAAAAGUAAUCCAAGUCUGGCAAGUGAUGAAAAAGCACAAGACAACUGUGCUCUGCUUCGUAUAGUUAUAUACAUCUUGGGAGGAUCAUUAGGUGCAAUGAUUCUGGGCCUGGUUGCAGUAACGGUUUCUCACAAGUGCUUACGACAUAACACAGAUAGAGCAGGGGACGCAGACACGGCAGAUGGAGUAGCAGUGACCGCAAUGCACCAGAAGGACUCGAACAACGAGCCCCUUUAUGCGAAUUCCACCAUGUCCCAACCUGGUGUUGGUGGAGAUCCCGCUGUUUCCCGAAGUGACGUGGUUCCUAAGCAAACCACCCAUGAUUCCCACGAAUACAUGGAGAUGAAGCCAAUAGCUCACCCAGGUAUUCCACCCAAUCAUCAAACCAGUGAACCUGGUAACUUUUCUUCUCUGAAUCCUACACAGUCAGCAUGUACUUCAUCACUGCAAGGGGGUUCAACUUCAGAUGCCAUACUUCAACAAAUGUUGAAUUCCUGUGACGGGGGAUACUUAUCCUGUUCAGGUCCUACAACAUUUCCCAAUAGAGGAAUUGCGUCAGAGAGUAUUGAUUCGGUAAUCACCACAUAUUUAUGAGUUAUUUCUCAAUGAUUGAAUUGAAAGGUUGCCAUAUUCCAUAGCUAGAAAAAUGACUGGUUUGCGGUUUAAAUAAUUAGAAUAGACCGUAAACAUAUCACCAAAUGAGCGAAUUAGUUAUGUUUCGGAAGAAACAUUUAAAGAAAUAAAAAUAUAUCUGUUGACGUAAUUUUAUAUAGAAAUUGGUAAUCUAUUUGUAAUCUAAAUUUAUUACAUAAUCAACGUUGACUUGACGAAAUAAAUACAUAUUAUAUAUUUUUUUUAAUCCUUUUUUAGAUAUCAAGAUUGACUCCUGGUCAUGAAAUCCAUUUGUCUUCUUAAAACUGUCUCUAGAUGAUUGAAGAAAAAUGAAUAAAAAGCUUUAAUAGUAAAUGCGUUUAAUAUUUAUGCAUAUAAAUUAUUGCAUUUUACACGCCUUUACAAUGCAUUCGAGGGACAACUUACAAUUUAAGCGUGGAAUAGUUUUGAGAUACUUCGGAAAAGAAAUGCAUGAUUUAAUAUAUUUCCUGAGAAAGAAAGAUUAAUCUAUUAAUCAGUACCAGAUGUAACAUACUCUCAUCGGUGAACGGGUCAGGCGUGACAAUGAUAUUGUGAUGUAUGUAUAUAAUGUAGGGCUAGUCGAAUCCACGAUCAAUGUACAUACAUGUAUUGUAAUAUAUCAAGGUAUAUCAAUUUCACUAUUAGGCAUCGGUAUAAUUGUAAGACUCACACAUAUUAACAAAACUGAUACCACUCCACAUUUAAAAGCAUAAGUACGUAGCUAAUAUUAUGCACUGUUAGAAAAUUUAUCCUUGAAAAAUAAAAGAAGUUCCUGCAGCAAAGUCUCGAGAACACCUGUAAUCUUACCAGAUUGCGGAUUCUUACAUUAUAUCAUGUAAAAUUACAGGAAAUUGGUAUUAGGUGUUUGGAACCUUACAAAUUUCCUUAAAUAAAACACAAUUUUCCCCUUUUUAAACAGACCUGUUCUGUUAAAUUGUAGCAAAAUUCCCGUUUUAUGAAUUUAUAGAAUGAUUGUGUUAUUGCUUCCUGCAAAAUCUAGUUUUUUCUGUAAAAUCGGGGUUUUUUUUACAGUGUGUGUAAUGAUGAACAAUUAUAAUGCAGUCUUAUGCAAACAAAAUGGAAUCAAUCGU